UGCAUCAGUGAGCGUGCGAUUAAGAUGGAGGCGUGAUGGAGUGUGGGCCGUGGGAUCUUGAGAUUGAGGAAAUGAAAGGAGUCUUUAAGUGGAAAGAGGAGAGAGCGAUCUAACCCUUUUGGCAUCUCAGCGUUUGCGUUUCUUCGCGAUUUGCUUUCAUUCUGUGUUGCGCUGAGUUAAGAAGAAGGUGGUGAGCGUCUGCAAUGGAAAGCCGUCGCUGUUAGGGUUUCCCCCACAUUGCAUUUGGGACGUCACGCUAUACACACCCAGGUUCUCGAUUGGAUUCUACUUAGGGUUUCCAACAUUUUUCUUUCCCUUCCAUCGCGCAUUCUCGAGAUCUAGGGUUUAUGCUUCGGUUAUUCUUUUUACUUUCCUUUCCGUUUUCGCAAUUCUUUGGUUUCUUGUUUCUCUCCUCGAUUUUAAAUAAUGAGCGUGUCAUUGCUCACUUCGCUGUGCCAAAUAGGGAUUUUUGAGGAAUUUCGCAUCUGAAUAAGUCGCGAUUGCUAUUGCGCCCUCGAAGCGGAAAGCCUCGUCUUUCUUUCGACAUUUUUUUUAUUGGAAGCGAAUUGGGAAACGGACAAACUGACAUAAGCCGAUAGGGUAUGAGAGAAGUACACCCGUCACUGGGUUUUAUGAUAUUUUGCUUUAAAAUUUGGAGGAUAAGACUUGAUUUGUGCUUCGGGGUAUUGGGUUUUUUUACAGAGAUUAUUGUGUGGGAGUAAAAUUUGUUGUCGGCGUUGAUAUGUGCAGUUGUUGGAGUUUUAUCUUAUGGCACCUACUGUACCUAUAGAGUUUGCUGGACAAAAGGAAUCCAGAAAGUACUCUCAUUCACAGAAUAUGGGGAAAUCUAGGAAAUAUUCCAAAGCUUAUGCUACUGGUUUUGUUCCUGAUUUUCGGCAUGCUGUUGAGACUAUGGGUGAAUCGGAAGGGUUGGGCAGCUUGGGAAGGGUUGAUACCGAGCUUACGGCAUCAGCAGAUUCUUGUGCACCAAAGAGGAAGUGCCCUGGUUUGAGCACAGGUGGUUAUGGUAGUUUUGAUGUACCUUUUCAACUUUUCUCUUUGUCAAGGAUGUCGGGUUUUGAGAGAAAGGAUUUGAAAACAAGGUUGACAUGGGAACUUGAACAAGUAAAGGAAUUUCAGAAGAAAGUUGAAGCUAUUAACUCAAAUGCUCUAGUGUUAUCACCCUCCAGUGACAUUAGGAGCUGCAGUGCAGGGCAGAAGAGGCCUAAGCUGGAGAGCCAGCCUUUGGCAAUGGAAGUAUCGGUGCCACAUGGUAAGAAAAGGCCCUUACCAGGAAAUAGUGGUCCCAGGACAAAGAAAAGUAUAUCUGGGCGUCCUGAACUUCCAAAACCUGCUGCGCCAGUGGCCUCACAUGCUGCGAUGAUGAAACCGUGUGAGUCAUUACUUAACCGAUUGAUGACUCAUCAAUUUGGUUGGGUUUUCAACACACCUGUUGAUGUUGUUAAAUUGAACAUUCCGGAUUAUUUCACUGUCAUCAAACAUCCAAUGGAUUUGGGUACUGUGAAGAGGAGAAUAACCUCUGGUGAAUACACGAAUCUCAUGGAUUUUGCUGCUGAUGUGCGACUGACUUUCUCAAAUGCAAUGACAUAUAAUCCACCUGGCAAUGAUGUACACGUCAUGGCUGAUACCCUUCAUAAAAUUUUUGAAUCGAGAUGGAAGGCGAUAGAAAAAAAAAUUCCUGUUAUUGACUGUGUCCCAUCUGAGCCUUCUAGACCUACGCGUAUGGAAACUGAAAUUUCUGAUCGAGUUCCUCCCUCAAAAAAGAAGAAAAUAACAUCAAAUAAUGUCAAGCCUGAGCCUCUUAAAAUAAUCAUGACUGUAGAGGAGAAGCAUAAAUUGAGUGUAGAGUUGGAGGCCAUGCUUGGAGAGCUGCCUGAUGCUAUUGUUGAUUUCUUGAGAGAGCAAAGUUAUAAUGCAGGGCAAACCAAUGAUGAUGAAAUUGAAAUCGAUAUUGAUGCUCUUAGUGAUGAGACCCUGUUCAAACUGCGGAAGCUUCUGGAUGAUUAUUUGCUGGAGAAGCAGAGAUCUCAGGCAAAAGCUGGACAAUGUGAAAUGGAGCUUCUGAAUGAAUCAGGGUUCAGUAAUUCACCGGUGCAGCCUUGCAAAGGCAAUGAACAGGUGGAGGAGGAUGUGGACAUUGUUGGUGGAAAUGAUCCUCCUAUUUCAACUUAUCCUCCAUUAGAGAUUGACAAAGAUGAUUCAGACUCGGGUAGUUCAUCUGGAAGUGAAUUGGAUAUGGCUAAAACAUCAGAACCUCUUAGUGGUACCAAGGAAAAUGUAGGUUCUGGUUCGACUUUAGAUCAAAACAAAGGGGAUCCUGGUAAUUCGGACACAGGAAAGGAUUCAACAAAUGUGGGAGGCCAAGUUGAGCAGACUUUCCAGAGUAAGCUUGUUGCUUCUGAACCAGAAAGCCAUCAAGAGGGGGAGAGUGCUGCAUCUAAGAGGCAAGUCUCUCCCGAAAAGCUGUACCGUGCAGCUUUAUUAAGGAGCCGUUUUGCUGACACCAUUCUUAAAGCUCAAGAGAAAGCCCUUGAAAAGGAUGAAAAGCGGGAUCCUGAAAAACUGAGGUUGGAGCGAGAAGAACUUGAAAGGCGGCAGAAAGAAGAGAAAGCACGGUUACAGGCAGAGGCAAAGGCUGCAGAAGAAGCUCGGAGGAAGGCUGAAGCAGAAGCUGCCGCUGAAGCCAAAAGGAAAAGGGAACUGGAAAGGGAAGCAGCCCGUCAAGCUUUGCAAAAGAUGGAGAAAACUGUCGAUAUAAACGAGAGCAGUCAAUUUUUGGAAGAUCUUGAGAUGCUGAGUGCUGUACAUGACGAACCUAUGCCAAGUUUCAAAGAGGAGACAAGCGCAGAUCUACCUCAAAAUGGAUUGGGUAUGAUCAACCUACAGGGGAAUCCCUUAGAACAACUAGGUUUGUAUAUGAAGGAUGAUGAGGAGGAGGAAGAGGAGGAGCUGCCUCUGAGUGGUGCUGCAGGACCAUCAAAUGAUGUGGAAGAAGGAGAAAUUGACUGAUUGUGACAUUAUUUUGGGCAAAAAAUACACAAACGGUGGUUCUUGCCCCCAGUUGCUUGACUAAGGAGGGAUGCUGCAUUUUUUGUGGCUAUGGGGUGCGGAAUAUAUCACUAUUUGUAUGGUCUGAUGCUAGUUCACACCUAAGUUUGAAGAUGGAUAGCGAAAACUUAUAGAAAAGAAGUGAAUAUUGGUUUUGGUUUUGCUUCUUUCUGAUUAUUUUUGUUUUAACUUGAGAAAUGAUUUCUGAAAAUGUGGAUAGCUAGCUCGCGGCCCCCAUUUAUCGAAGGGCUUCGGAUGGGAAGUUUGUAUCAAUCAGGAUGUCCAAUUUUGCUUGUAAAAAUGAACUCAUUUGUAACGAGUUCUGUGUCUGACUUCUAAGUAGUUUAGCUUCUCUGACAAUGUAAAAUAUUUGAGCCAGGGUAAAAAUCAAUUCUUUCUAUUUA